AUGGCUCCAGGAGCAUUAUAUCACUCUCUCUUUUUAUAUCUCUCCACCGAGGUCAUGUUUGGGAAUGAAAGAAAAAAUCAUGGUGCAGCCAGUUUUUUUAUAAAAGUAUCCAACAAUUUAAUAAAGAUUUACACUCACAAAAAGGGUGUCUUCACCGACACCAGUAUAACAGCAUAAAACAGCAAAUGGUAUAACAGUCUCCUGUUCCCCGCACACUCACUACAGCGCUCGUGACUUAAUCCCUCUCCGUCUCAGACCGCCCCUUGAAGACGUCAUUCAUGAUGAAACUAGUAGGGCUUGGCUUGCUGGAUGCUGACGUCUGUGGAGAAGAUUGAAAUUGGACAAUUUUUAUAUUCACAAAUUUAAUUAUUUAAAUUAUUUAUGCACUAAAAAAUAGUUUUGCACAUAAUUUUGAUUUUUGAUAUUAAUUGA